GCCUGGCUCCGGGCGCGCGGUGGCGGGGUCGCCCCAGGCAGAGAGCUCUGAGCAGCUGAGGAGAGCUCCAGACCCGCAGCAUGGAGGACCCAACGGCGCCCGGGGCCGGGAGCUUGCCUGCCAACGGCAACGGCAAUGGCAACGGCAACGGGAAUGGUAAAGGGAAGCCUGUGGCGCCCAAGGGUCGGGAAGCGUUCCGCAACCAGCGUCGGGAGUCGGAGGGCUCUGUGGACUGCCCAACUCUGGAAUUUGAGUAUGGAGAUACAGAUGGGCAUGCAGCAGAAUUAUCAGAAUUGUACAGCUACACUGAGAACUUGGAAUUCACUGCUAACAGGAGGUGCUUUGAAGAAGAUUUCAAGACUCAAGUGCAAGGCAAGGAAUGGCUGGAAUUGGAAGAAGAUGCCCAAAAGGCCUAUGUGAUGGGACUCCUGGACCGGCUGGAGGUGGUUAGUAGGGAGCAGCGCCUGAAGGUGGCCCGAGCUGUUCUCUACCUGGCCCAAGGCACUUUUGGGGAAUGUGAUUCAGAGGUCGAUGUGCUACACUGGUCCAGGUACAACUGCUUCCUGCUCUAUCAGAUGGGGACGUUCUCGGCCUUCCUGGAGCUACUCCACAUGGAAAUCGACAAUAGUCAGGCCUGUAGCAGUGCCCUUCGGAAACCAGCUGUCUCCAUUGCUGAUAGCACGGAGCUCCGGGUAUUGCUGAGUGUUGUGUACCUAAUGGUGGAAAAUAUCCGCUUGGAGCGAGAGACAGACCCCUGUGGAUGGAGGACAGCCCGGGAGACCUUCCGAACUGAACUGAGCUUCUCCAUGCAUAAUGAGGAGCCUUUUGCCCUUUUGCUCUUCUCUAUGGUUACCAAGUUCUGCAGUGGCCUGGCCCCCCACUUUCCUAUAAAGAAGGUCCUGCUUCUGCUCUGGAAGGUGGUCAUGUUUACCCUGGGUGGAUUUGGGCAUCUGCAAACUCUCAAAAUACAGAAGCGGGCAGACUUGGGCCUGCCUCCCCUGGCGGAGGACAGUAUCCAGGUGGUGAAGAGCAUGCGUGCCGCCUCCCCGCCCUCUUACACUCUUGACUUGGGAGAGUCUCAGCUGGCACCACCACCCUCCAAGCUACGAAGCCGCCGUGGUUCUCGAAGGCAACUUCUCACUAAGCAGGACAGCCUGGAUAUCUACAAUGAAAGGGAUCUCUUCAAAACUGAGGAGCCAGCCACAGAGGAGGAAGAGGAGUCUCCAGGAGAUGGAGAACGUACCUUGGAUGGAGAGUUAGACCUGCUAGAGCAGGACCCUCUGGUGCCACCUCCACCCUCACAGGCACCCAUCUCUGCUGAGCGAGUAACCUUUCCCAAAGGUUUGCCCUGGGCCCCAAAAGUCAGACAGAAGGACAUUGAGCAUUUCCUAGAAAUGAGCAGGAACAAGUUCAUCGGAUUCACCCUGGGGCAGGACACAGAUACCUUGGUUGGAUUGCCCAGACCCAUCCAUGAGAGUGUGAAGACCCUAAAGCAGCACAAGUAUAUCUCCAUCGCAGAUGUUCAGAUCAAGAAUGAAGAGGAGCUGGAAAAAUGCCCCAUGUCUUUGGGAGAAGAAGUGGUACCAGAAACACCAUGUGAAAUCCUCUACCAGGGCAUGCUGUAUAGUCUCCCCCAGUACAUGAUCGCUCUACUUAAGAUUCUCCUGGCCGCGGCUCCCACCUCCAAGGCUAAAACAGACUCUAUCAAUAUCCUGGCAGAUGUCCUACCUGAGGAGAUGCCCAUCACUGUUCUCCAGAGCAUGAAGCUGGGCAUUGAUGUGAACAGGCACAAGGAGAUCAUCGUAAAGAGUAUCUCUGCUCUGCUCCUGCUGCUCCUCAAACACUUCAAACUCAACCAUAUCUACCAGUUUGAAUAUAUAUCACAACAUUUGGUAUUUGCCAACUGCAUCCCGUUGAUCCUAAAGUUCUUCAAUCAAAAUAUCUUGUCCUACAUUACUGCCAAAAACAGCAUCUCAGUCCUGGAUUACCCUGGCUGUACCAUCCAGGAUUUGCCUGAGCUUACUACUGAGACUCUGGAAGCUGGGGACAACAACCAGUUCUGCUGGAGGAAUCUCUUUUCUUGCAUCAACCUCCUGAGGCUGCUCAAUAAACUGACCAAAUGGAAGCAUUCCAGGACCAUGAUGCUCGUAGUGUUUAAAUCAGCUCCAAUCUUAAAGAGGGCCCUCAAGGUCAAACAGGCCAUGUUGCAACUUUAUGUCUUGAAGUUGCUAAAGAUACAGACCAAGUACCUGGGGCGCCAGUGGAGGAAAAGCAACAUGAAAACUAUGUCUGCCAUUUACCAGAAAGUGCGCCACCGCAUGAACGAUGACUGGGCUUAUGGGAAUGACAUUGAUGCCAGGCCAUGGGACUUCCAGGCAGAAGAGUGCACCUUGAGGGCCAACACUGAGGCUUUUAACAGCCGCCGGUAUGACAAAGCCCAGGACUCUGAAUUCUCACCUGUGGAUAACUGCCUGCAGAGUGUUCUGGGGCAGAGGUUGGAUCUACCUGAAGAUUUCCACUAUUCCUAUGAGCUCUGGUUGGAGAGAGAGGUGUUUUCACAGCCCAUCUGUUGGGAGGAGCUUCUCCAGAACUACUGACUGAGCUCUUGUCAACAAAGCAUCUGAUGGAGGUUGGCCCCAAUAAAUGGUGCUCUGCCUACCCUACCCAUUCAGCCUGUGCUUCCUGGUCUAGGAUUGCUUGUCAAAGGGAGACCAGGCCCAGCCCAAGGCAUCCAGCCUAGUUCAGGGUUAUUCUGGGGGGCGUUGAGCUUGGAAAUGGUACAAGGCUGGGAUCCUGAGUCACAACAAACUGAUUACCUUGCCCUGGGGUCAGCUGGAUGCUCCAUGGGCCAUGGCAGCCUCUUGGUGGAUCAAUCCUGGAAAGGCUCUUUGAUGAGACCUGCUUAGUCUUGCCUAGAACCAAGCUGGCCUUUGCUGGCUCCUAGAACGAGAGGACUUGGUUAUAGUGUUUGAGCCAUGGCAUUCAUCCAAAAUAGUGGGGCAGGUGUAGGUCAUACAUUAGGAAAAAGAUUUUCUUCUGCUCACCCUGAAUUCCUAGGACUUAUCAGAAGUUUGGCAACUUUAAAAAUGACACUAUAUUUAAAAAUUUUUAAUUUUGACUCUUCUCAAAUCAUUAGCUCUAAGAUGAUUUUAGAGCACCUGCACCUUCUUUGUGAAAGAUAAUGAUUUACUAUUCCCUAAACACUGCAUGUUACAUUUGUGUAGUGGUUUUUCCUUUGUUUCUUAGGAGAUCUAUGUUGAAUGUGAAAAUUAUGCCCAUGUAUAGUCUGUAUAGAGCAUGGAGUGUUUCGCAAAGAGCCACAACCAGUAUGAAAUAAUUAGGCCUUCUUUAAGGAUGUUUCAUGUUUUUCUGAAAUUGUUUCAGUCUUAAGAUGGCUGAGUACACUGUAGAAAAUUAUUCUUUUCAUCUACUUCAUUUUUUAAAUGGCAAGUUAACUAUAGAUUUUAUUUAUUGAGAUGGCAUGUCCAUUUGUGCUGAUUAAUUUAUUUCUUAAUUGAAAACAACAGCAAAAACAUCAUAGCUUACAUUUUUGCUUCUCCAAAAUUGAUUAAUGAUUUUUUUCUUUUUUACUACUAGCAGUUUCAAAGUGUCGUGAGGAGAUUUAGCAAUAUUACUCCUAAGUGUUUCACAUUUUAUUGAAAAUAUAAGGGUCAGUGUAUCAACCUCUGUAUACGUCUCUCUUUGACAGCAGAAUCAUAGCCUUCCCAAAAGAAACAUUUCUAGAAAACUUUCUGAUUCAAUCAGGAUCAUUUUAUUUUUCUUCUUUCCCCAAUUACAUUAUCUGUACAUUAUCUUCAAGCUUUUUCACUCUAAAUCCCCCUCCCAACAUAAACACUGCUGAAUUUUGUUAUGAUGGCACCAGCACGCUAUGCCUAGAGGUCUUGUCCAGAUUGGCUUAUUUACUCUGCCCAUUGUCAACUACCAUCUCAUUUGGAAGUUAUGAUAGAGCACUUGACAAGAUCCAAAGAAACUACACCAAAGUCUAAGUAUUGCUUUAUAGUUUAUGGUAACAGGAUUUCUAUCUUUAACAAAAAGGCAUGAAACAUGUAAGCACUGAAUGGAGGAAACUUCUUAAAAUAAUUUGUUAAUUUUACCCAAGUAGGACAUCUGUCCUCAUUGCAAUUAAACAGUUUUAUGAAACACACCUUCCAUGAAUUGUAUUAAUCUAAAGUCAGGGGCUGGGGAUUUAGUUCAGUGGUGCAGCACCUGCCUGGCAAGUGCAAGGCCCUGGGUUCGAUUUCCGGUACCGAAAAAAAAAAAAGCCCCUAAAGUCAGGCUAGUAUGAUUUUAAUGUGAUUUGAGUGAAGACAGUUUUCAAGGAAAGAGCAAUCAUCGAUCUGUUUUAAAGCCAUAAAAUAUUCUAUGUAUGUCAAGAACAAAGAAGUUGACCUUUUAACAACAUACACAGGAAUGCUUUCUGAGACACAAAAGUAGGCUAAGCUUUAACAUUUCAUACAUUACUAUUUAUAACUCUUCUCUAAGGGAAGAUUAAUUCUCAGUGCAGAUAAGGAAACUAAAGUACCAAGAAUAAAGACUUUCACAUUAUAUCAUUUUUUCCAGUGAUUUGUGGGGAAUAGCUUUCAGGUAUUACCAAGUAGCCCUACAUGCUGAGGUCACCAGGUUGAAUCUCCCAAUUUGGGGACUCAUAUGUGUUAGGAAUUUAGUUAAUAUUUAUCUCCAGUUGUGGUUACUGUUUCUUCCAUUAUUUGAGUGAUUUGUAAAGUAGAGGUGUUUUAUUUGUAAUUAUUUUAGUAAAAUUUGUGUUGAUUGUUGAUAAUUCUGUUCAUUUCAUGAAGCACUUUAAUAAAAGGAAAAAUAAGCUAGAA